AUGUUAAAAUUUUUAAUAGCUAUUUUAGUGAUAUUCUCAUUACUUUCAAAUUUAAAUGCAGUAAAUGCAGAUAAAUAUAACUGUGUCUCCAAGUGUGCUUUUGCUGAUCCAAAUUAUUAUAAACUUUGCGCCUUUGGAACCAACGGAAAAGCUUGCAGAGAGAUAGAAGAAAGAUGUGUAAAGGGAUGUCCAGAUCAUUAA